AUGUAUCCCAUCAUUGCGCUUCUAGCAGCGGUCACUGCCGUCUACCUGGUCUUAUCCUCGUAUCUCACUCGUCGACGUCACGCGCGACUCGCGGCGGAAUGGGGUUGCCAGCCUCCCAUUCGCCGGCGUUCCAAGUGGCCAGGGGGGUUCGACUUCGUGUGGGAGAUCAUCAAAGCAGACAGAACAAACGACCUGGUCAACCUCUUUGAGGAUGUUGCCAAAGAAAUGAGCCCUCGCACUCAUACUUGGCUUCAGGCUUUUGCAGGAGCAACAGUUAUCAACACCCUCGAACCCAAGAACGUCCAGGCCAUUCUCGCCACACAAUUCAAGGACUUUGAGUUUGGGAGUGUUCGUCAAGGCUGCUUCUAUCAGAUGUUUGGAUAUGGCAUUUUCAGCGACAACGGCGAGCGAUGGGAGCAUUCACGCGCCCUGCUUCGGCCUCAAUUUGCAAGAGCAAAUAUUGCUGAUCUCGAUUCCCUCGAGCGUCAUCUUCAACAUUUCAUGCGACACUUCCAAGUCGAUUCUUCCGGAUGGACGCAACAAAUCGACCUUGCCCCAAUGUUCUUCCGUCUCUCCUUGGACGGAGCCACCGAGUUCUUGUUCGGAGAGAGUGUCGACUCCCAGUUGCUGGCUCUUCCAGGCUAUGAGCACGAGCUAACACGCGGCGACCACCAGUCGCUCAACACCAUCAACUUCAGUACAGCUUUUGAUACCGGGAUGGCGUACGUUGCCACGAAAUUCCGGAUCAACGACCUCCAUUGGAUGUACAACCCACCAGAGUUCCUAAGAUCCAUCAAAGAGGUUCACAGAUUUGCAGAUUACUUCGUGCGCAAGGCCCUUGACUCUACCAAGUCCUCUGCCGGCCAGGAGAAAGAACUUGAAGGAGGACACAAAAAGGGGCGCUACGUGUUCGCCGAAGAGUUGGCCCAGGCUACUAGGGAUCCAGUUGAGAUGCGAAACCAGUUGCUUCACAUUCUUCUUGCCGGCCGAGAUACAACAGCCGGCUUGCUAGGAGCGAUAUUCUAUAGACUGGCAGAGAACCCAGCAAUCUACCAGAAACUGCGCCAGGCUGUCGUCAACGAUUUUGGAACCUAUGAACACCCCAAGAACAUGGACUUUGCCGAACUGAAAGCUUGCAGCUACCUGCAAUACGUGCUGAACGAGGGCUUACGGCUUCACCCCUCAGUUCCUGCCAACGGUCGCUGCGCCGUCAGAGAUACAACGCUUCCCGUCGGGGGAGGGCCGGAUGGCAAAUCGCCGGUUUUUGUGAAGAAGGGCCAAGAAGUCUCCUACAGUGUCCACAACAUCCAGCGACGCAAAGACCUGUUCGGCGAGGACGCUGAGGAGUUCGUUCCGGAGCGGUGGAUUGACCGGAAAGCAGGAUGGGAGUUCGUGCCUUUCAACGGCGGCCCGAGAAUAUGCCUGGGCCAGCAGUACGCACUCACCACUGCUGGAUAUGUCGUGGCCCGCUUGGUGCAGCGGUUCGAUCAACUAGGGGACCUGGAGUCACACGGGCCGCGAUACAAGCACGCUUACACUGUGACUGUUGCUCCUGCCACCGCGAAAAUGCGACUUCAUGAAGCAAGUGCCCACUGA